AUGAGACCAUUUAGUGUCGGAAAGUUGAUGGAAAUUCGAGAUUUGGAUGAUUUUUUGUUUCGAAAUGAAAUUGGUUUGGAUUUGGAUUAUACAAUAAAUGGUUGGGACUCGGUGAGUUCUUAUCUUAUCAAAAUUUUUCAAUAAUUAAAAAAAAACAUUCUCAGCUAAACGUUGCAUUUUAUAUGAACGUUAUGGGAUACGCUUUCGAUACUUUGCGUAACUUCAACUCGACUUUCGAUGUUAUGCCAAGUUUUGUAUGUCAAGAAACUUCAAUGAAUAUAACAACAACUGUUAAAGAUGUUAUUUUAAACGAUCCUUAUCAUGAAUAUGGAAAUUAUACACUUAUUGGUGACGAUUUGUUUUUUCAGGUUAGUUAUGAAUGUAAAUAAAUAUUAGUCAUGUUUUUUGAUUCAUUGUCUAAAAAUUUUGAUUGUUUUUAUUUCCAUACGUCAUUCAUUCAUUAGUGGUUGUGAAGAAUCAAAAUAAAUAUGAAUUUUUCAGGAUGUUCAAGUCAGAAUUUUCAAAAUUGACCGGGACAAAGAUUAUGAAGAUGCUCAAUUCAAUAAACAAGUUGGAACCUGGACACCAACUUCAAAAUUAACUGUUAUGUAUGGAUCUCUUGAAGUUGAUGUCAGAUCUCUUAAUAUUUUUCGAGUUGUCACACUAAUCGUGAGUAUUAUGAGAAGUUAAGAUAAAAAAUGUGUUUUUUAGCAACCUCCAUUCAUCCAACGAACAAAUGAUCCAAAUGAACCAUACGAGGGUUACUGUAUUGAUUUGAUAAAUAUGAUUAAAAACGAAGUCAACUUCACAUAUACAAUUUAUGAAGUUGAAGAUGGAAGUUUUGGAACAAUGGAUGAUAAUGGAAAUUGGAAUGGUUUGAUUGGUGCAUUGGUGUCUGGUUCAGCUGAUAUUGCUUUAGCUCCUUUGAGUGUUAUGGCAGAACGUGAAAAUGAUGUUGAUUUUACUGUACCUUAUUAUGAUUUGGUUGGAACAACAAUUUUGAUGAAAAAAGCAGAUGUUGAAUAUUCACUUUUCAAAUUUAUGAAGGUUUUGGAAUGGCCGGUUUGGCUUUGUAUUGUUGGCGCAUAUUUAUUCACAAGUUUGCUUCUAUGGAUCUUUGAUAAAUUUAGUCCAUAUUCUUUUACAAAUAAUCGAGAAAGGUACAUAUUUUUCUCAUUAUUUCAACAAAAAACCAUUAAAUUUCCUAUUCCAGAUACACAAAUGAUGUUGAAAAACGUGAAUUCAGUCUGAAAGAAUGUUUAUGGUUUUGUAUGACAUCUUUAACACCACAAGGCGGCGGCGAAGCACCAAAAAACAUAUCAGGAAGACUUGUGGCGGCCACUUGGUGGCUGUUUGGUUUCAUCAUAAUUGCGUCAUACACUGCAAACUUGGCGGCGUUUUUGACAGUUUCUAGAUUGGAACAACCGAUUAGUUCGUUGGAUGAUUUAGCGAAGCAAUAUAAAAUCGAAUAUGCGCCAAUAAAAGGCAGUGCAUCGGAAACAUAUUUUAGAAGAAUGGCGGAAAUUGAAGAAACUUUUUAUAAGUGAGAUUUUCAUCUGGAAACAUUGUUUUAUCUGAAAAAUCUGAAAAAAAAAAUUCAUCAAUUUUUUUCAGCAUGUGGAAGGAAAUGUCGUUGAACGAAAGUAUGUCUCCUCGAGAUCGCGCAAAAUUAGCUGUUUGGGAUUAUCCGGUUGCUGACAAAUUUACAAAUAUGUGGAGAUAUAUGCAAGAAUCAAAACUUCCUCCAGAUAUGAAUGCAGCGGUUGAGAGAGUUUUGAGUUCUGUGGAUGGUUUUGCGUUUAUUGGUAAGUUGUGUUUAACUUAUUUGUAUAAACUCUUGACCUUUAGGAGAUGCCACAGAGAUCAAAUAUGCCGCUUUGACAAAUUGUAAACUUCAACAAGUUGGAACUGAAUUUUCACGAAAACCAUAUGCGAUUGCUGUACAAAGUGGGCAUAUUUUGAAAGACGAGAUUUCUAGCGCAAUAUUGAUGCUGCUGAAUCAAAGAAAACUUGAAACAUUAAAAGAAAAAUGGUGGACUGAAAAUCCAAAUAAAGUGUCUUGUCCAGAUUCUUCUGAUGAAAGCGAUGGAAUUUCAAUACAGAAUAUUGGAGGUGUAUUUAUUGUGAUUUUGGCUGGAAUUGCUUUGUCAAUUGUUACUCUAGCUUUUGAAUAUUAUUAUUACAAGUAGGUUUUGCAGUUUGAAAAAAAUAAGCUACAUAGAAAGUGUAAACCAUAUUUUUUGUAGAAGACAAGGUAAACUUGCUGCAAAAAAGAAAGAAGAGUUGGAAAUGAAACAGAAAUGUUGCUACGCUAACAAAUGGAAAUGGACAUGCGAUUCAUCAAAAUGGAAAUGGAAAUGGGAACGGAAAUCCUGUGCAACUUUCUCGAAUAAAACGGUCAACAUCAAUAUCAGCAUAUGA